AUGUGGGUCCUCGAUAGCUCUGGACCUGCCUUCCAGGGCAGGAAACUCUGGCUACGGCCAGGAAAGCGUUAUCUGAUCGGCCGGACGUCGUCUGAAGCCGGCCAGCUCGUCAUCACCCAUAAGACGAUCUCGCGCAAGCACCUCUCCAUCACCGUCGAUGCCGUUCCCGAGGGGGAUGCCUGCUUCGGUAGUAUCACCUGGGUGCCGGUGGUCCUCACCUACUCUUUUACCAGUCGCGAGCUGCAAAAUAAUCCUCUCGAGACCUUGCGAACCGACCUCGAACAACUCGAUAUCAAGUUUAUCACCGAAUACAACAUCAAAGCCACGACCCACGUAGUGUCGAAGAAGCGCAACACGUCCAAGGGCUUGCAAGCCUUGAUUAACGGCAAGUACAUCGUGUCGGGGUCCUUCACCGACUCCAUCAUCGCAGGUGCGACCAUACAAGAGGGCGACGAGAGCCCGCUCGAAGUGGACUUCGCGGCUGCCUGGCCAAACGAGAUAGACUACCUCCCGCCGCGGGGUUCCGAGGCGACCCAAAACCCAGCUUCACAAUACACCCCCGACCCUCUGAGGAAAGACGUGUUUGAUGGCUACACGUUCGUAUUUUACGACAAGGCACAAUGGAACAAUCUCUUGGCGCCAAUUACGAACGGCAAGGGCAAGGCGCUGUACUUCGAGGUCUUGGACCAUCGGCCAAUAGAGCAAAAGGAGUUUCUGGAAGCUAUCCUUUCCAAGGAUGCUUCGACCCUGAGACGGCCACUGCCUCUGGCUGAUAGACCAGUUGAACACCAAGCGGAGGCGUCGUCUGUUGUUGCGCAAUCCAUGGAUGCGGCUAGCGCCCCGGCGGAUAGCGAAAUGGCGGAUUCGGCGCAUACAGGGACGGGCACAUCUCAAGAGCCCAGCCAAGCUGAUCAGAAUCCCUCAGCCCCAGCCCCAGCCCCAGUUCCAGCCCGACGAGGGCGAGGUCGAAAACCGGCAACCAAGCGAUUCAAGGGCUUUGACUUGGACGACGAUGACGAUAUCCCCUCCAUACCAGAAUCAGUCCUGUCGGCGCCUGUUGGCCCGCCAAGCACCGAGGAGCAAAAGCCCGUCAUUAUCUCUCGCGAUGACGAAGAGGAGGGGCUCUUCGUAUCACAAGGUUCUGUCAUGGCGAGCCAGGAUACUGCUGCUGUUGCGCAACCCGCCACUCGUAAGAGAAGAGGACGCCACCCACAUGAUGAGGACGACGUCAUGGAUGACAUUGCACCCACAGCAGCGGCUGCAAAGCGCAGAAGGAUAGCGAUGGGCGAGGAUCCCCUCAUCCGGGAGGAAACACCCGAUACCAUGGAUGUUGAAACACAACCCAAGAAGGCUGAAAAGCCCAAGAAAAUUAAAAAGGAAAUUGAUGUGCUGGAGGUUGCGAGAAAGUCCCGCGAAGAAGCCGAAGCCCGCGCUCGUGCUGAGCAAGAGGAUCUCAACAAGCUUCCCGAGGAUAUCGACCUCGCCGAGAUUCGAAAACUCGCUAUCGUUGAGGAGAUGACGGUACGUGUACCACCGGGUGCCCGAAGCCGGGAACAAGACAUUGCCGACGGGCGAUGGGACCCAAAGUGGAACGGCAGGAAGAAUUUCAAGAAGUUCCGCACACGGGGUGAGGCUAUGGGGCGCCCCACCAACCGCAACAUCAUCUCUCUCGUCCAGGUGAAGAGCAAGGAGUUUGGCAUCGGAGACGACUACUGGCUUGAGGAUGAGAGCGGCGCCACUCGGAAUACCAGCCAGGCCACGGGGCCCAGUCAACCCUCGCGCGGCGAUGAAGCGAGCCGUGCUGCUCCUGCGCCCACGGCCUCCGGCCAAACACGUACCCAGUCUUCUUUGGGGCGGGCCGUAUCGAGGCGGACCGUCGUGUCUGAGGAUAGCGACGACGACGAUGACGGCGACGAUAACAAUGAUGUCGGCAACGGCGCCGACGACCACAUCUCGUUGGGGAUCAGCGGUCUGGAACACGGCGGCGCCGACGCGGAGCCAGACCAGGGCGUCUACGCAGCCCAAGAGGCCGCCCCCGCGGCUCCGGUGGUUGAGCAAUUGGCCAAGAGGCCGAGGCAGACGAGACGAGCUGCGGCGGCGGCUGAGAGCGAGGAUGAGGAUAGUGAUGAGGAGGUUGGAUUCAAGUUUGGCAGGAGAAGAUGA